GGCUUCGUCAUGGCCUUGAAAAGAAGAAGGGCGACUUCACCCUCUAGCAGUGUGAGUGGAGGAGAUUUUGACGAUAGCCAUCCUUCAUCCCUAAUGUCUUCAAGUGGACGAAAGAGGAAAAAGACCUCAAACAUCCCAACCGUGGAUCCUAUUGCUGUGUGCCAUGAACUGUACAACACAGUCAGAGACUACAAGGAUGACCAAGGCAGAAUGCUGUGCGAGCUGUUCAUCAGAGCCCCGAAACGAAGGAACCAGCCGGACUAUUACCAUGUCGUGUCUCAGCCCAUUGACAUGAUGAAGAUCCAGCAGAAAUUAAAGAUGGAGGAAUACGAUGACGUCGAACAGCUCACCAGUGACUUUCAGCUGCUGUUUCACAAUGCCAAAACAUAUUACAAGUCUGACAGCGCUGAAUUCCGGGCGGCCUGCAAACUGUGGGACCUGUACCAACGUACCAAGAAUGAAUUUGUUCAGCCAGGCGAUGACGACGAGGAAGACGAGGCUGGCUACGAUGCCCAGGAUGUACCCAGCGGGUCGACUGAGGAUGAGAGUGCGCCGACCUGCUUAAGAGAUGUCCUUGAGCAUCUCCUCGAUGCCGUGGUGACGUAUGCUGAGCCCUCUGGUCGCCUGGUCAGCGAUCUCUUUCAAAGGCUGCCCUCCAAAGCGCAAUACCCGGAUUAUUACGCAAUCAUUAAGGAGCCGAUAGAUCUGAAACUGAUCGCGCAGAAGAUUCAGAUGGGCCACUACAGGAGCGUCCUAGCCAUGGCUAAAGAUAUCGAUUUAUUGGUGAAAAAUGCCAAAACUUACAACGAGCCCGGGUCACAGGUCUUUAAGGAUGCAAACACUAUUAAAAAGAUUUUUGCACAAAAAAAGUCAGAGAUUGAACACGGAGAUCCGGUCAAGUCCAGCGUUCGUAUCAGGCAUAGGAGGUAUGCUCAGGGUGAGCGCCUCUCGGCAAUUAGCAUGGCUCUGCAAUAUGAAAGCGACGAGGACGGGAUACUUUCCGGGUCUGUUCACUACGACGAAGGCGAGUCCGAGGCGGAGAGUCUGACCACUAACAUCGACAUGAGUAACCCGAUCUUCCAGCUCUAUGAAGCCGUCCGCGGCGCCAGGAACAGCCAGGGUCUCCUAAUCUCUGAACCUUUCCUGGAGUUGCCCUCCAGGAAGGAUUACCCCGACUACUACCAGCAGAUCACUCAGCCCUUGUGCCUCCAUCAGAUCAAGAACAAAAUAAAGACCAACGAGUACGACAGCGUCGAGCAGAUGGACUCCGAUCUAACGCUGAUGUUUGAGAACGCCAAGCGUUACAAUGCUCCCCACUCCUCCAUCUAUAAGCGCGCGCUUAAAUUGCAGCACGUUCAGCAGAUUAAACGAAAGGAGCUUUUACAGAGAGAUGACGACGACGGAGACAGUAUGCUUUCCUGUGCCAACUCCGAUACCAGUAGUACCAAGAGAAAAAGUCACAAGAAAAAUACCAAGAAAAACCGAAUGAAAGCUCUUUUCGCUUCCGUGACCGACGCGCGGGAGGCGGGCACCGGCAGGCGACUGUGUGACCUCUUCAUGGUAAAGCCCUCCAAAAAGGACUACCCCGACUACUACAAAGUCAUCUUGGAGCCCGUGGACUUGAGGACCAUCGAGCAUAACAUUCGUUCCGACAAGUAUCUCAGUGAAGAUGCCAUGGUGGAGGACAUGAAGCUGAUGUUUCGCAAUGCUCGACACUACAAUGAGGAAGGCUCACAAGUCUUUAAUGAUGCCGAUGUACUGGAGAAAAUAAUGACAGACAAACGCAAGGAUCUUGGACCAAUGACUGAUGAGGAUGACAUGGUGUCCUCAAAGAUGAAAAUAAGAAAGACAAACAUGACCCUGAAGAAAUCCAAGUAUCUCACACCCUUGCAACAGAAACUGAAUGAGUUGUACGAGUCCGUCAAGAACUACACGGAUAAGCGUGGCCGUCGCCUCAGCACGAUCUUCCUGCGUCUUCCGUCCCGCGCCGAGCUGCCGGAUUACUACAUAGCGAUCAAGAAACCGGUGGACAUGGAGAAGAUCAAGAGCCACAUGUUGGCCAAUAAGUAUCAGGAUGUCGAUGCAUUGGUAGAGGACUUGGUGCUCAUGUUCAACAACGCGUGUACGUACAAUGAGCCUGAGUCUCUGAUUUACCGGGAUGCUCUGAUGCUGCACCGGGUGCUGCUGGAGACAAGGCACGCCCUAGAAGGGGGGGAGGACGCCUACGUUCCCGAUGUGCCUCGCCUCAUCCAGGAGCUCCUCCGCAGCCUCUUUGUCUCGGUGCUUGGCCACCAAGAUGAUGAGGGGCGGUGCUACAGCGAUUCUCUGGCCGAGAUCCCGGCCAUUGACCCCGCAAACCCAAAGAAGGCCCCACUCAAUUUCGAGAUAAUCAGAAAGAAUGUGGAAGGAGGACACUAUAUGAGGCUGGAUGUAUUUCAGGACCACAUGUUUGAAGUGCUGGAAAAGGCCAGACAGCUAAAUAGGACAGACUCUGAAAUCUUUGAAGAUGCCGUCGAGCUACAGCAGUUCUUCAUCAGGAUCCGGGAUGAGCUAUGUAAGAAUGGAGAGAUUUUGAUGUCUCCUGCUCUGAGCUAUACAUCCAAGCAUCUGCACAAUGAUGUGGACAAAGAGAAGAAACAAAAGCUCCCCAAAGAGAUGGAGGAAGACAAAAUCAAGAGGGAAGAAGAGAAAAUGGAAGCUGAAAAGCGUGAGGAAUCUGUUGGAGGUUCCUGGCAGCUGAGCACGCAGCGCACAUACAGCCAAGACUGCAGCUUCAAAGACAGCAUGUAUUGUGUCGGAGACUACGUGUACGUGGAGCCUGCCAAGCCGAACCUCCAACCUCACAUUAUCUACAUCGAACGCCUGUGGCAAGAUGACACCGGUGAGAAGUGGCUCUACGGCUGCUGGUUCUACAGGCCAAAUGAGACGUUUCAUGUCGCUACACGAAAGUUCUUGGAGAAAGAAGUAUUCAAGAGCGACUAUUACAACAAAGCGCGGAUCAGCAAGAUUUUAGGCAAAUGCGUGGUUAUGUUUGUAAAGGAGUACUUCAAACUUUACCCAGAAGGCUUCAGGGCAGAGGAUGUGCAUGUCUGCGAGUCACGCUACUCUGCCAAGUCCAAGUCCUUCAAGAAGAUCAAGUUGUGGACCAUGCCCUUGAACUCGGUUCGCUUUAUCCCAAGAGAAGUGCCUCUGCCCGUUGUACGGGUAGCGUCUAUAUUUGCCGCGAAAGAAGAAAAGGACGAGAGAGAAGAGGAACUCAGAGAAAUUACAGACGAAACCAAAGUGAUAGAAUGUAGCAGCAUAGACAAGGAGAGGGAAGAUGUUCCACUGGAGAUGGCCAACGGGGAAGCGGGAUGCCACUACUAUGAACAGCUCUGCUACAACAACCUGUGGCUGAAAGUGGGAGACUGCGUCUACAUCGGCUCUCAUGGACUAGUGCGCCACCGAGUGGGCAGGAUUGAAAAAAUGUGGAUGCGAGAUGGAGCCGGCUACUUUUUUGGUCCAAUCUUCAUCCAUCCCGAGGAAACGGAGCAUGAGCCCACUAAAAUGUUCUACAAGAAGGAAGUUUUCCUGAGUAACCUUGAAGAGACUUGUCCCAUGACCUGCAUUAUAGGGAAGUGUGUGGUGUCAUCCUUCAAAGAGUACCUGUCUUGUCGGCCAACCGAAGUACUUGAAGAGAAUGUCUUGCUCUGUGAGAGUCGCUACAUAGAAAGUGAGAAGCAAAUGAAGCGGUUCAAAGGCCUGAAGCGCUUUUCAUCGUCCGGAAAGGUGGUGGAGGAUGAAAUCUACUAUUUUAGGAAGCUUAUAGUUCCUCAAAAAGAGCCGUCACCUUUGCUGGACAGGAAAAUUGAGGAACUGGAAGCUAAAUUUGCCGAUAUGACGGAUGAGGAGCUGGAGGAGCUUGGGGAUGAUGACAGCGAGCUUGAUCAUUCUCUUCCUCGGAUGCAUUCUUCCAUGUGUGGUGACAUGGAUAUCAUGACUUACACUCCCCCACAGUCAACCAAAUCUCUAAAGGGUCUUUCCAAGAAAGAGGGCUCAAAGCGGAAGAUCAAUAUGAGCGGCUACAUCCUGUUCAGCAGUGAGAUGCGGGCCGUCAUUAAAGCACGCCACCCAAACUACUCCUUUGGCGAGCUAAGCCGCCUCGUUGGCACAGAGUGGCGGAACCUGGAAAGCUCUAGGAAAGCAGAAUAUGAAGAGCGAGCGGCUAAAGUGGCUGAGCAGCAGGAGCGCGACAGGACCCAGUACAUGACAUCCCCUCGAGCAGGUACCCCAAUAGGGGCACUGAUAGGAGUGGUGCCUGCUCCAACACCCAUGGGGAUGCUAAAUCCCUGCUUGACGCCUGUGUCAGAAGCUAUGAUGGGUGCAUGUAGGUCAGCAGUGAUACCCCAAGGAAUGGUUAGUAAGGCUAGCAUACCACCACAUCUCAUGGGGGAGCAUUUACACCCCCGGCAUCCUCUUCUCAUUAAGCCUGGGAUCCCUGGAAUGGCAUAUUUUGGCAUCAACGGUAUCGGUGAAAUUGGAGCAGGGAAUGGAUCUCAGAUGAGUCCUGGGCAACCGGCUCCACCGCCAUACACAGGACAAGGCCAGAUGGGGCAGGCUGCCCUUCAACAGCCCUCCACCCCGUUGUUUGUGUCCCCUCCAGCCAAGUCCCAGAGGCUCCUCCACUCCGAUGCUUACCUAAGCUACAUAGAGGGUCUCACAUCUGAAUCAUCUACUGUGAGCAAGUGGGACCAAACAUUUUCAAUUAAAAAACAAGAUGUGCGCCUGACAAAAGAGCAGGAAAGUAGACUGCCGUCUCACUGGCUGAAGAGUAAAGGAGCCCACAAAACAAUGGCCGAUGCACUUUGGCGACUGCGCGACCUGAUGCUAAGGGAUUCAGUGAAUAUUCGCUACACACACAACCUGUAGCGUGGUCAUAAUCUGAGCCUCUGUUCCCAGACCUGUAAAACAGGGGUGGGGUUAUGCUCACUAAAAGUAUGAACGUUGUGUUGUUAUGAUUAAAGAGAUGUGCUUAUGGGAACAGAGGUUGCUAAUUGAAGCAGUUUUUCAUUUAACAUUUCCAAUGUACUGUUCCAAGUGCAAUAUUGUCCUAACCGUCAUUCUGUGAUGAAUGCCUUUGUGCUUUCAUAAAUGUAAAGCGUUACAUUUGUCUUGUUUUCAUUUCAUGUUCGCUUCAUUGAAGUGUAUUAAAAACAAUGUUGCCUGGUUGUGA